AUGCCUACCAUAAUCCUCGGCGGCGGCAUAAUCGGCUCCUCAAUCGCCUACUACCUCUCCCAACAAGAUCCGUCCAGGGCCUCGCAAAUCCACAUCAUUGAAUCCAGCGACACUCUUUUCUCAUCCGCCUCCGGGUACGCCGCAGGCUUCCUGGCAAAAGACUGGUUUGAGCCGUCUCUCCUCCCGCUCGGCGAGUACUCUUUCGCACUCCAUGAGUCUCUAGCUGCUGAACAUGACGGAAACAAGAAGUGGGGGUAUAUGAAGGGGAUGGCGCUGAGUUUGGGGAGUACGGAUGCAGGGUCGGGAGGUGCAAGGGGGGACGAUUGGCUACGGUCUGGCACAAGCCGCGCUGAGACGGCAACGACGAAGCCGGUUGUCCUUGAAGAGGGGCCGGAGUGGUUGACGAAGCAGAAGGCGACGGCGAUCGAGAAGAUCAGCGAGGGUGGAAGUGUGGCGCAAGUUGACCCCCUUCGCCUCUCACACUUUCUGCUCGAACAAGCCGUCUCACGCGGCGUGAAGCUGCACCAACCCAGCAGAGCAACCUCCUUAGUAACAGACUCUUCAAGGAUGGUCACUGCCAUCAAGAUCUCUAACCACGCCACAAAAACCGAAUCAAUCCUCCCCUGCACCAACAUAAUCAUUGCGGCGGGCUCCUGGACCCCUCGCGUAUUCUCAUCUCUCUUCCCCUCUUCGACAACAACAUUUCCAAUCUACCCGUUAGCAGGAUACUCCCUGGUCAUCCGCUCUCCACGGUACACAGAAAGACACGAAAAGGAACUCAACGGUGAAAGUCACGCAGUUUUCACGACGCACCCGCCCUCUUGCGGAUUCAGUCCUGAAAUCUUCUCCCGUGAAGGAAGCGAGAUUUACAUCGCGGGUCUGAACAGUCGCGAAAUUCCGGUUCCGGAGCGGGUGGAGGAUUUGAAGGAGCGCUACUAUGAUGAGAAGGAGAUGCAGAAGCUUAAAGAUGUCACCGUGAGACUUAUGGGCAAACUCCCCGUCGGGAAGACCGAAUCAACUGAUGAAAUUCCCAACACAAAUGAUCUGGAAAUCCUCCGCGAAGGUCUUUGUCUCCGGCCCGUUGCGGAACGCGGCGUGCCGUUUGUGAGCAAGGUGGAUGACUCUACUCUGGGUGGUAUUAAGACUGCUCAGAACGGCGGCGUGUUUGUUGCGGCGGGCCAUGGGCCAUGGGGCAUCUCAUUGGCUCUGGGAACGGGCAGUGUUGUUGCGGAUUUAGUAAGAGGGGUUACACCUGCUGUUGAUGUUCGUGGGUUAGGUGUGGGGGAUGGGAAAGUGAAGGCGAAGUUGUAG